CUUGUCAGUUUUCUCUUGAACUACUGAGAUCAGACUCAUUAUUCUCCUUAACUAGUUACGAAGUGUGCUUUCUUUUUGAAAACUGGUCAGGUGAAGUGAUUGUUGGCAGAACAAGAGGGAUAGUGAAAUUUGGCUAGCUAAUAGAAAUAAAGAAAGAUGUUUUUCUUUGACUUGAACACCAUAGGCUUAAUAUUUGUGUGUAAGCAUCAAAUAUUGACAUUCCUUGCCUAGGAGUGUCAACAUGGACUCAGUCAAACAGCCUGCAAGUUGCCUGUCGUGGUUCUCCUAUUUCUCAGUUGUAGGACAUCCAAAGUACUUAAGUCAGAGGAUUGUAGGUUUGACUCCUAUUGGGAAUGCUCAGAGUUCUUUUUCUCUGAGUAUGCCAGUGUUGAACAUCAGUGAGACCUUCUAAUUUGGCCCUCCAUUGCUCUACCAUGUUUGUGUGCAAUAGAUGAGCAUAAUAAACACUUUAAACAUCAUGAUGAUAGCUGAUCCAAGCUGUUUUGAGGACUCCUGCAUGUCAACUAUGAACCUUGCAAUUGGUCCACUUCAUUUUUGAGACUUGACAGCUUAAAGGGAGGGAAACCAUAGAUAGAUUGACCUCUGAUACAUGCAUCCACAGUAACCUAAACUACCUGGUUAAUUUACCAUGAAAAUAUCUUUUUAUCCAUAUUUAACUGAGGGAAAAUAUAUAGUACUGCUAUAGGAUCAAGUGAGAUGGGGCAGAUUUUAAGGAAUUUGUGAAUGAGUGGUUUCUAUCAAAUGGUGUUGUCUCAUUGCUGCAAAUUGUAGUAAACUGUUGAGAUUGUCCUGAUAUGGCUAAUAACAUGAACGAAGGUCUUGAAGCUGAGGGUUCCAGAGCUGAUCAUGCCCUAAGAAUUAAGACUCCUGCUGGGACUGAAAUAAGUACCAAUGAUAAAUGGAGUGCAAGAAUAAUAGUGACAACUGCUGGUGUUGCUGGAAUUGUUGCUGUUGGUGGUGUCACCAAAUUUUGCCUAGAUCAACCGCAAGUUGUGGAAAAAGCGGUAGAAGUGGCCUUAAAAAUAUGGGGUGAAGUUUCGAGUAUCAAAUUUGGAUCGGUUAUUAUUGAGCUUGAUUGUGGCAGCGAGGAGAAACUUUUGCAGUUUUUAGAUGACUUUGAGAAUGGAAAUGUAAAGGCUGCAUUAGAAAAAGAAUUUAGGGAAAGGGGUUACAAUUCUGAACAGGAUCUACUUGUAACUCUGGAUAAAAAAGCUCUACCCAAGGCCAUUUUAAUAAGGCGAACGAUGCACUCCAUUACAGAGGAGAAAGUGAUGGUGCAAAAUUUGAACCCUUUUGUGACUGCAGUUGAAAAGGACAGAAAAUACAAGCCUGACUCUACUGAGGAUCCACACCAGUCUGCAUCAAAUGUAGAUUCUUCUUACAAAUCUGGAAAGCGACAAAAAGUUACUGAUGUAGAGAAGGGAAGAGAAAAUGAAGAUGGACCCAAAACAAAGGGGAGACAAGAAGCUAAUCCCAAACAGGGCCCUUCUACUAGUGCAGAAAGGGAAGAAUCUAUCAAUCUACGGGCUCCUCAUUCCCCAGAAGUCAAGCAAGAUGAUAAGGGAAGUGGCUCUGCCAAAAAACGUAAAAGGAAAACUCCUUUGGUAUCCAGGUCUAGUAGGACAAAGAGGGUCAAGAAGGUCAACUUUGAAGAUAGUGUACCAAAUGAUGAUGUUUUAGAAGAAUUGGCCCAUAAGAUUGGCAAUAAAUGGAAACAGCUGGGGCGUCGUUUAGGAUUUGAAGAUGAUGCACAGCUAGCACAAAUAGAUCAGGCACCUGGACUUGAACUCUCCCAAAAAGCACUUCGUAUGUUGAAAGAGUGGAAACAACAAAAGGGGCCCAAGGCAAUAAACAAAAUUUUAUAUGAGGCUCUCAGCCACAAAUUUGUAGGGCGUACUGACCUUGCUGAGUACUAUUGCACCGAAAAAAAUAGUUUUUAGUUGCAUUUUAUGGCAAACUAUCCUUACCAGACAUACAAAGAGAAAUUUAAUGACAGCUCUAGCUAGCUUCUCUAUUUUUAGUCAACAAGGCCAUUUUGAUUUAUUAGCAAGUAAAAAACCUGUAGAGAUGUCAACCAUUAAAUGGUAGAUGAAAAUAGAUUAUAGAAUUAGGUAAACCCUUUCGGGUAAACCCAGAAAGGUAUAUUUCCAGCAAAUGUGUUUUUUUUGUGUGUGUGUGUGCUUGGUAUAAAUUAUAUGUACAAUUGAAUGAGUUGUGUCAGAUAUUGUGGAUACAUAGGAGAUAUACAUUGCCUGUGUUUUUUUAAGAGAAUUCUAGAUGUCAUAGAUUUGUAGAGAGAAUUUUCCUGUUGAGUUUUCCUUUCACUCGUAACAUUUUAAUUAUGUUGCAUGUACAUAGUGCAAUCACCUACUAUAUUAUGCUCACAAGUUAAUUAACCCUCCCAACAUCUUCUUGUAAUUCUCCCCUCUUGCUGCUAUACAUUUCCUUGUAAAUUUGUCUAGAAAAUAUGGAUUUUGAUCAAGAUCCUUCUUGUCCACAGGUGCGUAGCGUGGUCAUUUUUUCAAGUACGCACAAGUACAUAUGAUCUAGAAACCUAAGUAAACUGAA